AUGGCUAUGGCAAACUUCUUAUGGCAUGCGGCGUCCCCCAAAACUUCAAAUCUUUGGCAAAAAUGGAUGCAGGGAGAGUCUUGGUAUCUGAGCUUUAAGGUUUUCAACAGUGUCCGCUUCAACAGAAGAGCAGACCAUAUGAACCAAAAAGCUUGGAAUUUUGAGUUCUGUUUCAACAGCGUCUGCUUCAACGUGCGACGGCAGGCAGGUGACAACGAGAUGCUCCCGCAGGCAGAGGCAACGUCGGGGGAUGGUCGAGAGAUUGAAGAUGACUGGAGCAGUGGACGUUGGGGCGAUGGUGACUCCGGCGGCGUUGAAGCAGUGGGUCGGUUUGAUGGCACAGGGCGAGGCGGCUGCGGCGGAGGGUGGACAAGGGAGGGCGGAGGAGGGCGCUGCAGCGAAGAGGGGAGGCGGCGGUGGGUCGGAUGGUACUGGACGAUGUUAGGAAGAGAGGGUGGGUGUGGGCGAGCUGGAGGGGUAGGUGAGGCGGCUGCGGCGGUGGGUGGACAGGGGAAGGCGGAUGAGGGCGCUGCAGUGGAGAGGGGAGGCGGUGGCAGCGGCGGCAGGGGGCGGGAUGGAGUUUCGGCCUAUGGUUCCUCCUAA